AUGGCAUCGGACGAAGACAGAAGGUGCGGCAGCGUCUGUCUGCUGAACUGCACCAAGUGCGUGCGGGGCGAUUAUGCCGCGGGCGGCAGCGGCAACAGUGAUGGUACGGUGCCGCUGUGGGCGGCGACGGCGGCCGAGCUGGUGGCCACGGCGCUGCUGGUGGCCCUCAGCUGCCUCGCGCCGUGCGCCGCGCCCGACGCGUCGCCGCUCCACGCGUCUAUCACAUCCGGACUCAUCGUCACACUUCUCGUCCAGUGCUUCGACCACUUGUGCGGCGCCAUGAUGAACCCGACGGUGACGCUGGCGGCGGUGUUGCGCGGGCGCAUCACGGCGCGGGUGGGGGCGGCGUACGCGGCGGCGCAGCUGCUGGGCGCGGCCGCGGCGCCCGCACUCACCGCACUCGUCGCGCCCUCCGCACUCACCGCACUCACCGCGCCGGCUCACAACCUCACUAGCACCGCUGCACUCUGCGUCACGCGCCCUGCUGACGGACUACCGCUAUACAAGGCGGUGUGCAUAGAGGCGCUGCUGGGCGGGCUGCUCGCGCUCGCCAACUGCGCCUCGUGGGACCCGCGGAACCGGCUGCUCACGGACUCGUGGCCGCUCCGCAUCGGCACCAUCGUCACAGUACUCACGCUGUUGACUGGCAGGCUGACGGGCGCCAGCAUCAACCCCGCCCGCAGUUUCGGACCAGCACUCUGGGCGACAGAUUUCACACACCAUUGGGUGUACUGGUUGGGUCCGCUCGGCGGGUCGGCGCUGUGCUCGCUGCUGUACGCGGGGCUGUGGCACGCGCCCCCCGCCGCCGUCCCGCGCGCGCUGCCCCCGCCCCCGCCCCCGCCCUACUCCACUGAGGGGGACAAACGGCGCCCGGUGUGA